UGAUAAGCUUUAUAUUAAAGAAGAAAGAACAAUAAAGUCCCAAAAAGAAUCUCUUUGGAAACUUAUCUCUGAUUUAUCAAAUGCAUUUUCUCAACCUGAUUUAUCACAUGAACUUUUUCUUAAUGCUCCAGAACUUCAUGAAGCAGGCUUUCAAUAUCUAUUUUCAUGCUAUGAUGAAGGUAUUGGUUGUCUCUAUAAAAUUUUGAAACAGGAUGUUUAUAAAACUAAAACCCGAGAUGUAAAAGGACGCCGAGCAUGCAAUGUUGUAACUUACAAAUGGCAAAACUUAUUAGAAAUGGAUAAGUCUAAAAUUAAAAAAAUUAAAAAGCAAACACCUAAAACUGGUAUUGUUCAUAUAAAAAAACUACAUCAAAAGCGUCAAACUACUAAAGAAGAAAGAAACAUACUUGAUCCUAUUCUCUCUGAAAAGAUUUUUCCUAAUGAUAAACUUCCUAAUCUUCUUUCACAACUUAAUACUGUAUCUACUGGAUGGACAGAAUCUCAUAUAAAAAUUUUUUGGAGAAAUAAUAGAAUUAAUAAAUAA